AUGUCCACUGCUUUCUGUCACUUUUAUUGACAAAACUUGCUCAAACUGUGUAGAAAACAGUAUUAACUAUUUAUUGUAGUUAAGGAAAAUAAAUGUAUAUCCCUCUAUACAAUGAGACUAAAAGACGAUAUUUCUGUCGACUUUCAGUCACGAAGCUGUGCUUCGUCACUGUGUCGCUGCCGCUGUUCGCGUUCAUAACUUGCGUUCUGAUGACUAUGUACAAAGAUUUUCAAAAUGCGAAUAAAACACACUGUGAUGUGCCGAAUGUGUUUCCGUCUAUAUCAGCGUCCAUAGGGAACUAUGAGCCUCAAAGCUCUAUAUGGAGAUCGGCUAUUUACGCUCACGCGCCUAUGCGCUUCUUCAUAGUUUACCUGAGGUGGGAGUACUACAGGAACGUUAUAAGCGAUAAUCUAGAGAUAGUGAUCAAGUUAGCAGUAUUGUUAAACGUUAUAGAAAAUGUAUCUUUAUUAGGACUAACGCAUUGGACUUCAUCGCUGCAUUAUCCAUAUCAUGAAUUCUGCUUCAAAAUGUUCAUCGGGACAUCAGUGUUCUACAUGUUGUUCACCUGCAUGAUGCUCACCAAGUACCGGCGGAAAGCCACCGUGUCCAGUUCCGAGAUGCGGUCCGUCAAGCUCAAGUGGAGAGCUUUUGUGGUCAACAUUGGCUCUUUCGCCUUCGCUGCUUACUUCUUCUUGAGACACAACAGAUUAUGUGAACCUUACGUGUAUUCACUGUUUGGGUUCUCGGAGUACAUAGUGGUGAUCAGCAACAUAAUGUUCCACCUGACGACGGUGUACGACCUCCGAAGGCAGUUCCUGUGCGUAUCCCUUAGAGGAAUCCAUUUGGAAUAAGAUUAUUAGAAGAAUUCGUUCUUGUGAUGUUUAUAAAUAAAGGAAAAUUGGACGAACUCAUCUGCUCAAGCACAGUCAAUCCGUGAGUCUUGGUAGCUCAGUUGGUCGAGCGAAGGGGUGUGGUAACCCGGAGUUUUCCACUUUUCCUAUUUCGAAGCAUUGCGGAUACAUAAAUAAUUUAUUAAUUCUCAUGACAUUUUAAAAUUAAGGGUUGGUAUUGGCAGAGGUAUUAAUUAGGUGAAGACUAAAAUUAUAAAACGUGUUAAUACUUAUAUUGGGCUGUAGCCGCGCGCGUCAGCUGACGUCUUUGGUGGUCACAGGACAGGAUUAAUAAUAUAAAUAAUGUUUGGAAAUGACCACAUAACUUUGCAUGCAUCUGUAAUUCUGAUACAUAUCGCCUCGUCGAAAUAUUGUCUCCUUGGCUAAGACAUCCCCUGAGUAACUUGCAGGCUCGGCUUUCAGGCGUAUUUGCAGACAUCCUCAUGUAUUUAUGACAAAAGGUGCAAGCGUUGCAAAAUAGUCUAGUCUUAUAUUUUCAAUAGAUAAAUAGCUAAAAAUUACAACACGCAAUUUGUAGAUAGAUAAUUACUAAUUAGAAAUGUGGCUUUUAAUGCGAAAAACAAUCAAUAUGUAUUGUCUAAGACUAGGGGGUGAAAUAAAUACAACAAAACAAAGUCACACAAACAGUGCGCAAUUCCGCACCGACUGCUACGCCGUAGUCCGCAGUAGUUAAACUGUAUGUAGCGAAUAUUCCUCAUGCGCGUAGGCGGGUCCUGCAUAUUAGAAGGUUUAACAAUGAUGUGUAGUUAUCUCAUGAAACCGUCGUAAAUAUCCUUCUUUCCUAGACGUUACUAUGCUUAACCCUUUAACGGCGUAUAGGUGUCAGAGAUGAUGCAAAAUCUCACGGUGGAAAUGUAUUGAUGUCUGACCCUUAGGCUAAGUAGCAUUGUCAAUUUUCCCUCCUCUUAACUGAUUUUACAACAUUCCUUACUAACAAAUAAAAUAUACAUUUUGUGUUAGGCUUUAUACCAAAAUAUAUAAGCAAUAAUAUAAGUAAUAGCAAGAACAGGAAUUUUAGCUUUAAGUAGGAUUUUUUAAUGUCGCGAUUUUCUACAAAAUUAUUUUUAGGCUUUGUAUAAAAACAGUAUUUAUGAAAAAAUAUUUUGCUAUAUGUAUUAUGUUUCACGAUUGUGAACGGAAGAAUCGAUAGUUUUAUUAUAUAUUAUGCAGCCCAGGUGUUUUUAAGGUAACUGGAAAUAUCGAAAUUUGUAUUGAAUUUUUUUAUUUAUAUCGUUAUUAAAGUAUUAAGUACUGCUAAAUAGAAAAUUGCAUAUGAAUGUUUUUUUAGUCAUAUUUAUUUUAACGGGUUGUAGAAAGAUUUAUUUAUUUUUAGAUAUGACUAUAACAUAACAUACUGCUAUGAAUAUUUUGAUAUCAAUUAAAAGUAGGUACAAAUAAUUUAUCGUCAUUUGAUUAUUUUAACUGUAUUCCCUGAACAUAUUGUUUAAUAG